AUGAAUUAUCUGCUCUUGUCAGCGCUGGUACUAGUCUCGGCGGGAGGGCCAAUAUGGCCAUCGUGGGCACAAGUUGUUGCAUGCGGCACGUCUAGUGAUACAUCACCGCUUCGAGUCGAAAGCUCGGCCGACGCGGUUGUUCUCGGCGAUGUCGUCAACUGCACCGGCGGCGGGGCAGUGGAGGUCGUCUGGGCGGGGGCGAUUACUCUCGACACUGCCAUUUCUGUUGGGUCGGGGACGUUUCUGUCCAUCACCGGAGAAAACGACACAGCAGGGGUGCGGGGCGGCGGCCAGAUCAGGAUGUUCGGUGUUUCACCGGCGGGAGGUCUGACUCUGACGGACCUCAAGCUUUCGGGCGGCAGAGCCGCAAGGGGCGGAGCAAUUCGCUCCAGCAUGGCGGCGGUCACCCUCAACAGUUGUGCGUUCGACGGCAAUAUUGCCACCGAUGGGGAUGGCGGGGCCGUGUGGGUGGAAGGCGGGGAGCUGACGAUUGUCGGAGGAGAGUUCUCCGGGAACAGCGCUAGCGGGAACGGUGGCGCAGUUCUCGCCACUGACGCUGCGGUGGCCAUUGAAAACGGCACCCGGUUCGAGGGGAACAGCGCGAUCGAGGGCGGUGGUCUGUUCUGCGGCGGGUCAGAGAAUGCAACACUUCUAUCCGCUAGCGACAACGCUUCUUGCUCUCUCAACGGUGUGAUAUUCGCGUUUAACAACGCCUCCAGCGAGACCAUCCUCGACUACGACAACAUGGCGGCUCCCAGUACCCAGGCGCCCUUGAUCACUCUAUACGGGGGAGGGGGGGCAGCAUUUUAUCACACCGUCGUCAACAUCACGGAUUCCGUAUUCGAGUCUAACUACGCGCAGCUCUCGGGUGGGGCAUUGUUCGGAGGAACUGAUUCAGCCAUGGCGAUCGAUGGAGUCACGCUUGAGAACAACUUCACACCGGGAUUUGCGGGAGCGUUGGCUGCUUCGACAGCCACGCUUGGGGGGAACACGCUGUUCAUGAACAAUUCCGCGAUGCAGAGCGGCGGCGGGGUACUCGGGUGGGACUCGACUGGAACAGUCGAAUUCAACGAUGUUGUUUGCAGCAACAACACUGCCGGCGGAAAUGGCGGGUGCUUCUACGGCUCUGGGAGGGGCAUUUUGAACGCAGGGACUCUCAUGCGAAGCAACGGAGGCAUCUAUGGGGCCAGUGUAUUCGCAUUUGCGGGCAGCUACAUCAGCGUGGAGGGAGGCAAUUUCACGGCGAACAGGGCCGUGAGCAGCGGUGGUUUCCUGUAUGCCACGGACGGCGCGAACGUCACGAUUAAGGGGGCAGCGGUGUCGAACAACGUGGCCGACAGGAGGGCUGGCGCGGUGUACUGCUCUGGAGAGUUCCUGGAUAUGGGAGGCUCCAAAGUCACGAUCGAAGGAGGCACGUUCAGCAACAACGAGGCGCUGGAACUAGGGGGGGCAGUUGUGGCUUGGGGAGACACUACCGUCGUGACCAUCAAGGGGGGGGAAUUCCUGAACAACACCGCCAAGUUUUUCGGCGGAUUCAUCUUUCUCGAGGAAGAGGCUAGUCUCUCCUGCGAGGGUGCCAUUGUCCAAGCAAAUACCGCUGGCGAUCAGGGUGGGGGCAUCUACGCCCGAGACGCCACCUGGGUAAACUCCAGCUGUGACCUUAUUUGCAACCAAGCGCCACAGGGGGCCGCCGCUUACCUUACCAGCACCGUUCAGGUCGCCAAUUUCCAGAACCACACGGUAUUCGAUACCGAAACGUCUGGUAGUAGCGUGGUUUACGUUACCGAGACCUCGGUCAUCGCGUCAGACGUAAGCUUCCAGUCCGGGGGUAGCUUGCAGGAGGAUUCGUCCAACAGCGCCAUACAACUCGAGGGCGGAGCGACGCUGAUCGCCGAGGAUUGCGUGUUUGGCGGCUGGACGGGUGACAGCGUGAUCCAAAAUGCCAACCCCGCCGAAGGCUCCCUCGUGCUGGACAGCUGCGACUUCGGUGACACCGCUGCGGCCAUGGUAGUCACCUCACCUAACUCGGACGCCAGAAUCCGUAAUGCCCUUGUGGGCGAUCUCACCAUCGAAAACGCUGCUGUGGUGAACAACUCUCUUGCUCUUGUAGACAGAACCUUGGGCUGUGACAACCUGAACAUCUGUGGUUCUGGAGAAUGCGUGGAUAGCGCGCUUGGCGUGCUUUGCGAGUGUCUCGAGGACGACGAGUGCUUGGGCGGCGGUGGUGCUCUAUCCAUUGCAUUGAAGACACCUCCCCCCGACGUGACGUACAGUCCCGAUUUGGUGUAUUUCGAGCUCCUGGUAUCAGCAACAGCAAACGGAAGUACACCCGCCAUCUGGAACCUGACGUUCGAUGCAGACGAACUGUCCUUGCAAGUGCUUCCGUCUAGUGGAAUUUUGCCUCCCGGAGAAGACGCUACCGUGCUCGUUACCGGCAGCCCCCAGGGGCAAGAGGUGGGGGGUGAUCUGGUCAGCCAAUUCGUUGUCACAUCUGUUGGCAGCGGAACGCCGGACUCUACGACUGGUGUGGAUGUUGAGGUCUACUCGGCGUUCUACCUCUGCCAGGCGUUUGAGUACGCCAUGCCAGUGGAUGACGAAAACGCCGCUUUCUCUUGCGAGCAGUGUGUGAAUAUCGACGGUGCGGAGGGGCUGGACUGUGAGCUCCCUGGGGCGACGUUGGCUUCACUGCCUAUUCGGGAGGGUUAUUGGCGCUCUAGCAGGGAGUCGCUGAGCAUCCAUCAAUGCGUUCAUCAUACGGCUUGUGUUGGUGCAACUCAGAUUUCGAGCGCACAGGACUACUGCGGCGAAGGAUACCAGGGUCCAUACUGCACUGUGUGUACCGAGGGCUUCGGUAGGGGCGCCGGCAACACCUGCCACUCCUGCGAGGGUACCAAGUCGCGAUUGCUCAUUGCGGCAGGAUCGUUGUUCGCUCUCGUGAUUCUGCUGUUGGUAAUAUUGGCGGUGGUGUAUCUUGUAGGGGGUCUCGAUGCCGUUGAGGGACUUCGGCGGUCGCUUUCUACCAGAUCUGUGCUGUCUGGUCGCGAUAGCAGCUCACACAAGGUAGGGUCUUCGGGCAAAUCCAUCGGGAGGAAUGCGCUGACUGGCUCUGAGGUUGAAGAACGUAGGGGCGAGGGAGCUGCGUCUCGCAAGGGCGUCACAUCGGUGCCUAUUUCGGAGGUCGACGUUUCGGAGAUGAAAUCCGACGCGUCCAGCGAUACCGACGGCGAGGAUGACCACGCUCCGCCCAUGGCAAGGGGAGGCGACCAGCCGGGAUGUUGCGGACAGGGCGAGAAGAUCAAGCGGUGGGCUGCACGACUGCCGAUGGACAAGCUGAAGAUUUUGGUGGUGGUGUGGCAGAUCCUGUCGGUGUUCCCCAGCAUCACUGCCGUGGAUUUCCCCCCUGCUUACGCCCGGUUCUUGUCGUGGAUCGACAUGCUGAGCUUCGACCUUGGGCACGUGCUCUCAGCCUCGUGUGUCUUUCCCGUGAUGGAUUUCUACCAAAGCCUGUUGCUGACGACCCUUGGGCCUCUAGGGGUGGCCAUGGUGCUGGUGUUGACGUAUUGGAUUGCGAAGCGCAGGGCUGGGGCUGGAUCAGCCGGGUCUCUCAUGCGGAGGGCGGCGUGGUCGCGGCACAUGGCGGCAGGGCUGUUGCUGUCAUUCUUGGUGUUCAUCGCUACCUCUACCAUGGCGUUCAAGACAUUCGCCUGCGACGAUGAAGCGGUGGAGGGAAAGAGCUACCUCAGGGCGGACUACAGCAUACAGUGCCACACCGACAAGCACGAGUGGUACAAGGUCUACGCUGGGGUCAUGAUCAUGGUAUACCCGGUCGGCAUCCCCCUACUUUACGCCUUCAUUCUCUGGCAAAACCGAGAGUCGCUCAACCCUCGUGUGAAAACUGGCGCCGUCGUCAAUCCGAGAGCGGAUGGAAGCACAGACCGAAUUACUUACAAGGCUAACUCAGAGGAUCUCGAAGAGAAGUUGGAGAAGCGCAGGCGCAACCCUGACCUGAUCCCCUCCAUGUUCCUGUGGAAAGACUUCGGUCCCGAAAUCUACUACUACGAGGUGGUCGAGUGCGGGCGAAGGAUACUUCUGACAGGAGUGCUGGUCUUCAUCUCACCAAACACGGCAGCACAAGUGGCCGCAGCUUGCAUGUUUGCCUUCGUGAGCCUUCUGGGCUUUGAGCUCCUGCGGCCUCAUCUGGACCCCGUGGAUUCGUGGUUGUACCGCCUGGGCUGCUUGUGCAUCUUCCUGAGCAAUUUUCUAGCUUUGUUGAUCAAGGUGGACUCUGGAGUGGACGGCAACCACGAUGUCUUCGGUGCUAUCAUGAUCGGAAUCAAUAUGUUCCUCAUCAUGGCGGUGCUGCUGGCCUCAUGGUUCUCCAUGCAGCAGACGAUGGAUGAGUACGUUGUCGCGGCGGGGACCCUGUUGGCAUUUGAACAGCUCUCCGUCCACAGCGCCUCGCGCUCGCGCGCGUUGCAGACUUCAACCCCUCGUCGACCUCCUCUUCGGCCGUCGGUGGUACCAGCUUGUCUCGUUCGUGCCGACACGAAGGGGUCGGCCGGCACGGGGCGGUCGGAUUCCGGCCAAGAUUCCGUGCGGAGGGAAAGCCCGUGUAGCAGCGCCUUGGAGGAAGGAACGUCGUAG